CUCUCCCUCCCUCUCCCUUAGUCUUCCUAUGUCUUUCUGUCCUUUUUAUUUCUCUUCCUUUGUCUGUUAUUUUUAAUUUAUCAUAUCCAUUCCGCAUUUCACCAGAUCAAUGUCCUAAAAUCAGUAAUUACCAUUAAAAUGUUGUUUUAAAAGUCGUUUGGUUGUUAAUCCAAACAAACAUUUUGUAAUCCUAAAACCCUUUUGGUUAAACAAAACGGUUGACAUCAAACGAUCAUCAACAAGUUAGCAUGAGUUAACAUCGAUGGCUCAAUCAUUCUUUCCAGCUUAUCAAAUUGUCUUAAUAUGCCUUCUCGGAAUAAAUAUAAUCUUUUGGCUCAUUCUACUUUGCUGGAGGAUCUUUUGCUUUGGUACAAUGGUUAACGGUAUAACAAGAUGUCGCCAGGUUUUUGGCUCAAUUGGACCAACUAAUCAAAUGCAUCGGGAUGUUAGUCAGGCUUCCAAUUUCGCUUUAAGAGGAUCAAUAUCGAGGAAUAAUAAUGAUUUACCUCCACCUUAUGAACAAGCUAUCAAAUAUCCAUCAUUAAUAUCUGUUUCUGGUCAGAUAAGUGGUGAUAACAGUUCCAUGUUUGCAGAUAAUCAAACAUAUUCAGAGCCAUCGGAUGAAACUCAAAUUGAACCAGCCAGACCUGGGAACUCCUCAAUUUCAUCCCCACAUUCAGUAGUUUCUCAAUCGAUAUCAUCACCACCAUCAUUUGUAUCAAUCAACAAAACAUCAAACAAAAGGACUUCGACCAUUUCAUCAGCCUCAUAUUCUGAUGAAAAACUGUAGGAAUAUCAAAAUAUUUUUUUCUACUUCAAUUUUAAAACAAGAUUUUGAAAUUUUUAUCAAAAAAUUAAAAAUUUUAACACAUGUUGAAUACAAUGAUCUGUUGUUUAGAUUUUAAAAAUUAAUUUAUUUUGGAAAACAUUUUUUGCUGUAAAUUAUCUUGAAAUAAUUAUAUUUUCAAUUUUCAAUAAACUUCAGAUCGUAUCACUUA